GCCGACCAGGCGGCUCGUCUUUCCUUAGGCCGGGAAGGUCUGUCUAUCAUGGGACCUCAUCAGCACGAAGAUCGGUACAGCUGGCGGAAGCGCGCGAGAUAGCCGUUCCCCCCCAAGCGGAGCUAGACCAAGGAGGAGGCGAUGAUGGGGCCUUAGGAGCAGUGAGUGAUUCAGAGGAUAAGGUCGGGGAAAGGGAGAGGGGGGUGUGGGGGGAGGGAGGGAUUGGAACCCAUCUUGCUAAGGAAGGAAGGAUAGAGGUGGUGAGCGGCUUACGUGUCAUCCCCACGUUGCUGCCAUGGUUUGGCGGGGGAGUGAUAAGCGAGGGGGAGGUAAUGCCGGUGCCGGUGAGGAUGACGUAGGAGCAGCAGCUAUGGCGGCGGCCGCAUCGGGGGAUAAAGUCGGUGAUGGCCCAGAUGUGAGUCGCCGCACAGUCUUCGUCCGUAAUCUAUCGUUUGCCACAACGGAGAGCACUCUUGAGGAUGUGUUUGGGGCUGUCGGGCCUAUCAGGAAGUGUUUUUUGAUCCGUGACAAGGGGAGCAACGAGAGCCGUGGAUUCGGUUUCAUCCAGUUCGCUCUGGUGGAAGAUGCGCAGCGGGCGGUGGCGGAGAAAUCGGGGGCAAAGGUAGAUGGCCGCGCGAUCACGGCGGAGAUCGCGCGGCGGAGGGCUCCCUUCGAAGAGAGGAAGAGGAAGAAAGUCGGAGGGGACGGCGAUGGCGAUCAGGAUGGAGCGAAUGAGAGAGGAAAGGGAGCAAAGACGACAGCUAGGGAGAGGGUGGAUGGGCGGGGGGAAACGAUUGGAAAGAGGGCAGGAGAAGUAGAUAAGAAGCAAUCAGAGGCGGUGGGGAAGAUGGAGGGGGGGGAAGCUAUGGAGAGAGGAAAGGGGAAGAGAAAGGGAGAAGAGAACCAAGGCGGCGGAGACGAGAAAAGGAGGAAGAAGGCGGCGGAGGAGGAAGAAGAAGAGGCGCAGAAGGAAACGAAGGGGGGAGAUCGUCGAAAGAAGAGGAGGAAGGUUGGUGAGGAUGAUGAAGUGCGGCCCCAUGGCGAUGACGGGCCGUCGUCGAGGCAAGAGAUGGCAGGGAAGGGGCGGGUGGAAGGAGUGGGRGGAGGAGGAGGAGGAGGAGGAGGAGGAGGAGGAGGAGGGAGAGAAGAGGGGAAGAAGAAGAAAAAGAAGGAGGUGGGGCAAACGACAGCCAAGCAAGCGCAGGAAACGGAGCAUCGCGGAUCAGAGCGUCAAAAACCUGCACGCACCGUUGUUGUCGGCAAUCUCAAGGGUAAAGAGAUAAGAGAGGCGGUCGUAGCGAGGGCGAAGGAAAUAGGAGAGGUGGAGGAAGUGGCAGAGAGCAUCUCCUCUGAGGAGAUCAAGAAGAGUCAUCUUGACGCCGAUGGCUGCCGCCCUCCUGCUUGUAUGAUUGUCUUCAAUGCCAUCAGGUCAGCGAGGAGUUUCGUCGCCAACGUUCAUGGUCGUGUCCUUGGCGGCGGCGGCGGCGGCGGCGGCGGCGGUGGAAGGGGAGGGGGAGGGGGCGGAAGAGGAGGUGGUAUACAGCUUUGGGCUAGGCAAUUGGGAGGAGAAGGAGGUAAGCUUCAUCGAUGGAGACUGAUCGUGAGGAACAUACCUUUUAAAGCGACAGACAAAGUGUUGAGGGAGGCGUUCUCCACGUCGGGAUUUGUCUGGGAGGUCUCGAUCCCGCGCAAGCCAGAUGGGAAAAUGCGAGGCUUUGCCUUUAUCGGCUAUACGAGCAAAGCUGAUGCAGAGAAGGCCAUAGAGAUGAUGAACGGGAAGGAGAUCUUGAAUCGUACGGUGGCUGUUGACUGGGCAGUGCCUCGAGACGAGUACUUAGCAGCCCGCUUGGAGAGCGGCGACAAGAAGUCCGAGAAGGAUAAGAAGACGGCGAUGGCGAUGGAUGACAGCGACGACGACGAUGAAGAUGAUGAUGAUGAUGAUGAUGAUGACGCUUCGACAGCGAGCGAGAGCUACGAGAACCGCACAAGAGGUCAUGAUGACGAUGAACGUGACGGUGCCACGUCAGCAAGCGACGAUGAAGAGGGGAAGGAGGAGGGCAUCGCCGCCGCCACCGCCAUCGCCUCGAAAAAGAAGAUCGCUUAUCGUCGUGAACAGGCUGCGACGAACGAAGCUGAUGAUGAUGGCGAUGAUGAAGAGGAUGAUGAGGAUGAUGAGGAUGACGAGGAUGAUGAGGAUGAUGAGGAAGAGGAAGAUUUGGACGAAGUUUCGUCGGAUGAUGAUGAGGAUGAUGAGGAUGAUGAGGAAGAUGAGGAUGAUGAUGACGAUCUUGCAAUUGGUGAUGGAGGACUGGACAGGGAAAUUACGAGAGAGAAGAAGAGCAAAGGAGAGACCAAGGAGGCGGCGGGAUUAGCGCAGGCCAACGUAGGAAAGGUGAAAGUUGGCGGCGAAGCGAGAGCAGGUGAGGCUGGGAAGAAUGGCCCUGCUGCCGAUGGAUCUCCCGGCGAUGGAGAAGAGAAUGAACUCAGCAGAAUGAUGAAGGUGCUUCGAGAAGUGUCUGCAAAGGCUGCGGCCGAGCGAUCAUCAUCUGACGGCCAGAACGCCGAGCGAUCAACGAAAGUGGCGCCAGCCGCUGAGGCUAUCGGACGUGCGGAGAGGAAGGAGAAUGAGAAUGAGGAGGAGGAGGAGGAGGGGAAAGAGGCGGGGAAGCGAAGUGACAAGAGAGCAUCGAAAGCUGACGAGGGUGUAGUAGCGGGACAAACUGCAGAGCAGAAGGAAGAGAAAGAGAGGGAGAAACAAGAGAGAGAGAAGGAGAAGAUGGCGUGUACCCUCUUUGUGAGCAAUCUUCCAACAGAUGCUACGGCGGACGAAGUCCGCGAAAAACUGUCGGCUUUCGGGAAGAUCAAGUUUUGCAGAUUAGUUCUACACAAAAUAACUCAACGACCGAAAGGAAGAGCUUUUGUAGAGUAUCACUCCCCAGAGGCGGUGGAGAAGGCAAUCGCUGCCGCGUCGAAGCUGUCAUCGUCAUCGGCUGCCAUCUCCUCUUCUUCUUCUUCUUCCUCCAUAUCCACUUCUGCUCUCGUGCUGGGAGGCCGAUCGUUGUUCGUCGCCAGAGCUCUUGGUAAAGACGUCGUUAAGGAUCUCGUGAAGGAGAAGAUGAAAGAGAAGGAAGAUCACAAGUUAAGGGAGAAAGAUAAACGCAAUCUGAACCUCCUGGAGGAGGGGUUGAUAAAGGAGGGGAGCGCGGCGGCGGCGCAGAUGUCCGACUACGACUUGCAGAAACGACAAAGGCUGCAGAAAGAGCGGGAAACGAAACUGAGGAGUCCAAAGUUUUACGUGUCGAAGACCAGACUGGCAAUUCAUAACCUACCGAGGGACAUGGAUGAAAAAGAGCUGAAGAGAGUGGUGGUGAGGGCAGUGAGAGAGCGCGCGACGAAGCAAGUGCCCAAGCUGAGGCAGGUGAAGAUCUUGAGAGAGAACGUGCUAGGAGAUGAGCAAAAGGGAGGAGGGGCAAGGAGGAGGAUCCAACCUGCCGGGAAGUCUCGUGGUAUCGGAUUCGUCGAGUUCGACGAGCAUCAGCAUGCGUUAACUGCGCUCAGAGCGAUGAACAACAACCCUAAAACGUUUAGUGCGGAGCGGCGACCUAUAGUAGGCUUCGCUGUGGAGAACAAGGGAAGAAUAGGAGAGUUGGGGGGGGGGGGGGGGGGGCCAGGAGGGAGGGAAGGAAGACCUAUGAAAGCUGCCGGCGAUGACGGUGGUGGCGAUAACGGCGCUGGGAGGGAGAAGGGGAGAGAGAGGAGAAGAAGUGGUGAUCGUGCUGGUGAGGAGGAGGAGGAGAGAUCGGCGGCGGCUCAGAAGGGGCAGAAGGGGAAGAAGGAGAAGAGCCAGCGAUCAAAGGGAGUAGGGGGUGUUGAAAAUGGCGGGAAGAAGGGGGGAGGAUCGGCAGGCUGGAAAAAAGGCGGGAAGGAGGAGGAAGGAGGAGGAUGGAGAAAAGGCGGGAAAUCGAAGUCAAAGGAAGGUUUGACGACGGCGGCGGCGGCUAUGGCGGCGGCGGGGAAAUCGAAGAAGAGGAAAGGCGGUGAGGGUGAGGAGAGGGAGGAGAAGGAAUCAGGGAAAGGUAGGGAGUUGAAGAGAAAGAGGGUGGAGAAGGGAGGAGAGAGAGGGAGAGAAGAGAGGAGUGGUGGUCCUGACAAGCUGUUGUUGACAGAGCGUGGAGGGAGGAGGGGGAGUGAGAAAGUGGUGGCUGUGAUUGGUCCUCGAAAGGGAGGGGAAGACCUAGACCCAGCGUUCAAGAACCUUCCAUUCGGCGAGUACAAGGCAGCUGGGUCGGAGAAGCAGAGAGGUGGGAGAGAGAGGAGUAAGAAGAAGAAAAUGGAGGGAGGGGAUGCUGAGCUUCGGCUGGAUUCUCUCGUGGCUGCUUAUAGGAACAAGUACUUCAGCGUAGGGGAGAAAGGAGGAGGAGGAGGGGGAACGGAAGGGAAAGCGCGGGAGAAUUUGCAGAGGUGGUUUCAGUGAGGGGGAGGAAGGGAAGGAAGGGAUAUAUACUGUGUGUCACAAUAGAACUUUCUGGCAUGAACCUGGCUGCAGUUGGCGCCAGAUUUUGUCAAAGGAGUCUUCCAAGUGGGGGUAUGCUCUGAGGGAGAAAGGAGGAGGAGGAGGAGAACGAACGGAAGGGAAAGGGCGGGAGAAUUUGCAGAGGUGGUUUGAGUGAGGGAGGAAAGGGAGUUGUAUACUCUCACACUACCGACUUUCCUGGAUGAACCUGACUGCAAUUGCUGCCAGAUUCGGUCAAAGAAGUCCAAGUGCGGGGAUGCUCUGAGGGAGACAGGAGGGAGGAGGAGGAGCCAUUGGAGGGAAAAGGCGGGGAGGAUUUUCGAUAGAGGUGGUUUGAAUGAGGGAGGGCAUAUAUAUGUAUAUAUGCAUGUAUGUUCGCACUAGGAAUUUCCGGCAUGCACCUGACCGCAAUUACUGACAGAUUCGGUCCGAAGAAGUCCCCCAAGUGUGGGUGGGUAUGCUAUGAGCCAAAAAAAAAAGAAAAAGUAGGGUACCGUUUCUUGGUUCCAUGAUCGAUUGAUUGAUUGAUUGAUUGAUUGAUUGAUUGAUUGAUCGAUUGAUUGAUUGUUUGAUUGAUUGAUUGCAGAGGUUCGGAGAUUGGAUGAUGAGGCAGUUCGUGGAUUUUCUCUUUUCACUGCUGUUUGUAUUUCUUUUUUUGUUGAUGUCAACCUCGGGCAUGCUUUUCUUAUCCAUAACUAAAAGUGCAUUUGUUUUCUGUUUUUUUUUUUGUUUUUUUUUUUUUUUUUUUUUUUCCCUCUCUUUUAAAAAAGUGCAGAUUGUAGUAAAGUGCACUUGUAAAA